AUGAUUUCUACUGACAUUUCUGAGAUAUUAAAUUAAUCUAGGAGUAUGAUUUCUCUUAUUUUUCAUUAAUUAUAAUAUCUCAAUAAUUAAAUACACAUGAAUUAAUAGAUAUCAUAGGAAUAUUUCAUUUAGAAAUUUUCAUCUUUACAUUUGAGUGAGACUGAUGAUGAUACCUCAAGAAGUGAAAGUCCUGUUUUGGAUUCCAGAUUAAUGGAGUUUGUGGGUGGAUUGCCAGCUCAUAUAAAAAUAAAAUUAGAAAAUUUCAAACCAAGCUAAAACUUCUAACUUUCUAAACAAAACGACGGGAGCAUCUACUUUGGUAUGAUGGAGGACAGCCUAAAACAUGGAAUAGGUAUUUAACUAUGGCCCAAAAUUGGAAACUUAUUAAAAGGCACUUGGUAAAAUGAUUUACUGGAAGGUGUGUGUACGAUGUAUUAUUCUAAUGGAGAUAUGUAAUUAUAAUAAAGUUAUAGUAGUUUUGAAGCUCAAUUCUCUCAAGGCAAGACUGUAGGAUUUGGUAUGUUUAAAUCGGAAAAAAAAGUUGUAAAAGGGAUCUGGAUAAACAAUUAACUCCAGGGCGAAGGACAAGAGAUGAAGAGUGAUGGCACUACUUAUCAAGGAUAGUUUUGGGACGGGAGGAAGCAAGGGAGAGGAAUACAAAUGUUUAGCGACGGAUGCAAGUAGAAUUCUUUAAUAAAUCUAUAUGAUAUAUAGGAUUCUUUCAAAAUAAUAAAUUUGAAGGAGAUGGACUAUUUACAUGGAGUGACGGCAGUUAUUACUAAGGCCAAUUUCAUCGAGGAUUAAUUAGAGGACUUGGGAAUUACAAUAAUAAUAAUGGGCUUUAAUUAAUGGGGCAGUUUAUUAGUUUUAAGAAAUUAAAAAAUCAGAGCUGCCAGAGUAGAAUCUCAAUUAAAAUCUACAAACCAUAUCAUUUUUGAACUAAUAUAACUAAACAUUGCUAAUCGAAAAGAUACGCAUUCUCUGACUUGA